CGAUUCCGCUCUCGCCGCCUCAGCGACUGUCAGGCGGCCUCUUCUCGGGUCUCUGGGCGCGGGGACCUCUCGGGGUUAGCGGAUGGGCCACUGGCUCACGCGCCGGCCGGGGACACCGCGGUCACUUGACCUUGUGCAAUCCCACCGUCCCUUUGACCCGGUGAUACGCCCACUCCUUCCACUGCUUUCUCCACACUCGACCUACAUAUGUCAGGUGCCCUCAUGUACUUCUGAUUAGUUCCACCGCGUCUUGGAGGCUGUGCCUAGCUCCUUCCGAAACACAAAUCCAGCCCUCACACCCUCACCUCAAAUAAUCUCCCCUACCCCAUACACCCACACCCACCCGUCCUGAGGACCCUGAGGCCAGUGUCUAGGACUCCCAGCAUGCAUAUGCCUCCUUUCCGAUCCCACCACCUCAGCGUGGACCUCCCUGGCAUCUGGAGCCAAGAGCUGCUCCCCACACACCCACAUCUGGCCAGGGAUCACCACGGCCAGAUCUAGUCCCUUGUUAAGGUCUCACAAACCCCCUCCCCAACCUCUCGACUGACUCGAGUGAGUAUCUCUUGACUGAGUGGAUUGUCGUUUACAUUCUCUCUGAAAUGAUCCUCGUAGUUCAUGUGGGUGCCUGUGGGUUCAUCCUGACAAGGUGAAGACCUCCCACAACUGGGUACUACAGCCACUGCCUGCUCACCUAGCCUGGCCUUCACAGCCUACCCCAGUCCCACUCCCUCCCCCCCCCACGUAGGGUCCACUCUCCAUGCCUCCCUCUUCUGACCUGGGUUGACAUGCUUCCUCUCUGGGGGGCUAGGGAGGGGGGUCUCUUGAGGAACUAGAGAAAAACCCAGAGGCAGUGCUGGUGUUGGACACCAAUUGGGGAAGAAACUGCCAGGACUGAGGGUUUUCGCCGGCAUGAGCAUGGAUAAGACGUCCUGGAUCCAGGGCCUGUGGCGUCCUGUGGGGUGGCUGUCUCCGAUGCAGAGUGAGGCACAGCAAGGCCCAAGGCGGACAGGCCCCCGAGAAGCCCCCUCCAGGCAUCUGUGUCUGUGUCAGCUCCAUCCCAUCCUCCCAUCUCUCUCAGUUUCCACCCAUCUCUGCAGUUUGGCACCUCCCCCUCCUCCUCGUUAUGAUUUGAUUUCUUUUCUUUUGGACAAAUCAGUUGUUUCUGUUGUGAUUUAUCGUGGUGUUGUUUUUUUUCUUCCUUCUCCCCAUCCAGUUAUUGUGAUCACUCUAAGCCCUGCUCCUGCCCCGUCCCAACGAGCAGCCCUGCAGCUCCCGCUGGCCAAUGAUGGGGGUAGCCGCUCACCGUCCUCAGAGAGCUCCCCGCAGCACCCCACACCCCCCGCCCGGCCCCGCAACAUGCUGGGGCUUCCAUCCACCUUGUUCACACCCCGCAGCAUGGAGAGCAUUGAGAUUGACCAGAAACUGCAGGAGAUCAUGAAGCAGACGGGCUACCUGACCAUCGGGGGCCAGCGCUAUCAGGCAGAAAUCAACGACCUGGAGAACCUGGGGGAGAUGGGCAGUGGCACCUGUGGCCAGGUGUGGAAGAUGCGUUUCCGGAAGACGGGGCACGUCAUUGCUGUUAAGCAAAUGCGGCGCUCGGGCAACAAGGAGGAGAACAAGCGGAUCCUCAUGGACCUGGACGUGGUGCUGAAGAGCCACGACUGCCCCUACAUCGUGCAGUGCUUCGGGACCUUCAUCACCAACACAGACGUGUUCAUCGCCAUGGAGCUCAUGGGCACGUGCGCUGAGAAGCUCAAGAAGCGGAUGCAGGGCCCCAUCCCUGAGCGCAUCCUGGGCAAGAUGACGGUGGCGAUCGUGAAGGCGCUCUACUACCUGAAGGAGAAGCACGGCGUGAUCCACCGCGACGUCAAGCCCUCCAACAUCCUGCUGGACGAGCGGGGCCAGAUCAAGCUCUGCGACUUUGGCAUCAGCGGCCGCCUCGUUGACUCCAAGGCCAAAACCCGGAGUGCCGGCUGUGCCGCCUACAUGGCGCCCGAGCGCAUCGACCCCCCAGACCCCACUAAACCUGACUACGACAUCCGGGCCGACGUGUGGAGCCUGGGCAUCUCAUUGGUGGAGCUGGCGACAGGACAGUUUCCCUACAAGAACUGCAAGACGGACUUUGAGGUCCUCACCAAAGUCCUGCAGGAAGAGCCCCCACUCCUUCCCGGUCACAUGGACUUCUCAGGGGACUUCCAGUCCUUUGUCAAAGACUGCCUUACUAAAGAUCACAGGAAGAGACCAAAGUAUAAUAAGCUACUUGAACACAGCUUCAUCAAGCACUACGAGACUCUGGAGGUGGACGUGGCGUCCUGGUUCAAGGACAUCAUGGCGAAGACUGAGUCGCCGCGGACUAGUGGAGUCCUGAGCCAGCACCACCUGCCCUUCUUCAGGUAGCUGUGCGGUGGCGGCCAGCCCCGCCGGGGCCAGGGGUGUGGCCACAGGCCCUCCCUUCCCCACUCGGCCACCCAGCUGCCCGCAGGGGAGACCUGGGACCUGGACGGCCCCCGAGGGCUGAGGACAGAAAGUAGGGGCGCCGACCCACCCCCGACUCCCUGCCCAUCAGCCGUGGACAGAUGGGCCUACCAGACCCCAGCCCUCCCUGUCCCGGGUCAGCGGCCCUGCGCAUCCCCUGACAGACACUGUGAAUGGAAGACAGCAGGCCGCGAGCAGACUGGCUAUUUAUUCAGUGUAACCUCUGGGCUGGGGCAGCCCCAGGGGCCGGGAGCCACCAGUCCUGCUCCCACCAAGUGCUGUCCGCUCCACCUUACCCCACGCACGCUCCGUGUCGCCGCCUCCCCGUCACCUCCCUCUCUACCUCUCUGGCUCUCCCUGUCUCCCUCCCUACCUCUGCCUCUCUGGCCCCUGGCUCUGCCACCCCAGGCAGGACUCCUGCCUUUGGGCUUAGGUCCCCGGGGAGUGAGCCAGUGGGUUGGCGACAUCGGCCCAAGAAGGCGGACUGGGCAUGGUGGCUGCAGCCGACCGGGCAGGUCUCUCUCGCUUGCGCGCUCUUUGAUCUCAGGGGGUCCUUUUUGGAGUUUAUUGUAUUUUAUUGUACUUGGUGGGGUAUUUGGGGGUGGGGGGGCGACGAGCUUGUUCUCAUGGUAUUUGUCGGUACCUUCAGAAACUUUUACCAAAGUCAUGUUUAGCUGCUUUUGGUGGGGCCCCCAACUGCCUGUGGGCGCCGGGGGCCUGGGCCACGGAGCCUCGGCAGCCCUUGCCUGGGAGAGACAUGUCCCAAAGGUGGGCUCUAGGGGGGCUCCACCUCCCUUGGGACUGGAGACUGGCCACAGCUUGGCGGGUGAGUUGAGGACCUCAGGGGACGCAGAGGGAGCCCAGGGGCCAUGGCCACACAGGAUGGCCUUCAGGGAAGCUGGGUCGGGGUGCGGUGGAGAGCACCAGAUGCUGUGUAGCAGGGAGGCAUUAAGGGCGUUGAUGACUUGGGGGGCUGUGAGGCCAGGGAGAGGAUCCUCAGAGGCGGGAUCGAGGGGCAGGAGUGGAUGUGUGGGUUGGAGGACGUGUGGCAGGGAUAGAGGUGGGACAGGCCAAGGGCUGGGCAUAUGCUAACAGCCAUGCUUGCAUAGGGCCCCUGAGCGCCCCUGGACUCCCCCAGAGCUGGCCAGUCCCCAGCCUGCCUGGAGUCCUAGGCUGAGGUGCCUGCAGCCCUCUGAGGCCGCCAGAGCAGUGGGGGUUGUGUUUCCUUUUUGUUGGUGAUGCAUGCAACUUAAGUGGACGACAAAACGAAACAAAAAAAAAACAAAAAUAAGAAAACCCCAUAAAAACCAACCAACACCAAAGGUUAGGAACCUCGCUGGAUGUAGCUGAAGCAGUCUGUACGUAGGCACACUCUCCUCAAUCACAUUGACUAUUAUAUUCACAAAUGCCGCAUGUUUAAAACGUACUAGAAGUCAUUUUCUCUCUGCUCCCCCUCCGCCCUCUCCUCCACCACCCCCCCAACAGGGGUGGAGAUGCCACCUUCUCUUGCCCUGAGUCCCCUUUGUGAGGGGAUGUGAGCCCGGUGGGAGACCAACAGGCCUGGCCCCCACCCUCCCUCUGUGGGCGUAGCCGCGGGGCUUUUGCAGGUGGCUGGAAGUUGCUUGGCUGGGCCCAGGACGGGUACAGACCCGAGGCUGGGCUGCCCAGUUUGUUUUUAUUUAACUUUGUUUCUUAUCUUUGUGAGUGUGGGUCCACCUGCCUCUCCCGUGUCCCCCCUCUGUUACCUGUCACCAGCCAUCCCUCCACCAGGCAGAGGGCGGUCUGGGCAGGGGCCUGGGGCAGCCCGCUGGCCCUUGAUCUUCUCAGGCUGCCAGUAUUGCCCCACCCCCACCCCAGUCCCUUUUUAAAACAAAAUACCCUCCUUUGUAAAUCCUUAGACUCUUGAGAAUAAAACCCCUCCCUUUUCUUCCACUGAGUCUGUGGUGUGUCAUC